GGCAAAAUUUGCGUUUUUGAAUGAAUUAUAGUUGAAUGGUGGAUCAACAAGCAUACACCGAGUGAGGACUGGUUUGCUGGCAAUGACACAACAGAGAGUUUCAAUUUAAAGGACAGCAGAGCAAGCAACGGAGAAAGGUCAUAUUAGCUAAUGGCUGCCGAAUCGGGGAGACUACUGGCGGGACAAGGAAAACGAAGCAAAGCUUCACAGAUGAAGAGCCCAGAGAAGAAGAAGGCAAGGAAAUCCACCUCUCAGGCGGCAGGGUUCUCCCACCUCACUGAGUUUGCACCCCCUCCUACCCCCAUGGUGGACCACCUGGUCGCCUCCAACCCCUUUGAUGAUGACUUUGGGCCCCCAUCCCGACCUAGUGGGGCAGGUGGACCAGGUAGUGCUCCAUUUCUUCCCAGCCCAGGUGCAGGUGGAGGAGGUGGGUAUGGAGGUGGAAGCAGAAUGGGUGGAGGCAUGGGCUUCAUGGGAGGACCAGGAGGACCAGGCGGCGGGCAGCCUGGACGGAGGCCACCGUUCGGCCCUCCAUCCAACGCUGGACCUCACCACCAGUUAGGCUUUGGAGGAAUGCCUGGCUUUGGAGGUGGCGGUGGGGGUGGCAGUGGGGGAGGAGGAGGAGGUGGUGGAUUCCCGCCAGGUGGCCCUUCUCAGUUCAAUAUGCCACCAAACUUCAGUCCACCAAUGCACCCCGGGCCAGGAUUCAAUCCCAUGUUGUCUCCAGGGGGUAUGGGAGGGCCCGGGGGAGGAGGGCCACCCCACCCUCGGUUUGGCAUGCCUCCACAGCAGCAGCACGGACAGGGUGGACACCCAUUCAACAGCCCACCAUUACCCGGUGGUGGAGGCCCCAGAGGGCCCCCACAUGGCCCCCUACCUCCCAUGGGAGGAGGCAUGGGUCCUGGGAUGAACAUCAUGGGUGGCAUGGGUGGUGGCCCUGGAGGCAACAUGGUGGGAGGGUUGCCAGGUAUGCCUCCUCAAGGACAGUUCCCUCCCUCACAGGAUGGCCCCUACCCUGGCCCCAGUCCGCCAGGACCAGGCAACGAGGAUGGAAAGAACUUUGGUGGAGGAGGGGCACCGCCUGGGCCUCAACAGCAGCAACAACAACAGCAGCAGCAACAGCUUAACCUAAAUCCCAAUGGCCCCCCUCCUAAUAAUACCACUCCUGGCCCUCCUCCUAACUCUGGCCCACCACAGCCAGGGGGAGGCUUUCCUGGCCACCCUGAAGUCCAGCAGCCCAAUGCCAAUACACCUGGUCAGCCUCCCUCAGCACCGCCCCAGCCUAACCCCAACUCCUCUCCUACUGGUCCCCUGAAUGGAUCAGGCCAGCCCCAGCAUCCACCACCCAGUCAGCUACAACCCCCCAGCAAUACAAACACCCCCAACUCUAACAACUCUACCCAGCAGCAGCAGCAACAAUCCACUCCACCUAACUCUGCCCCUGGCUCCACCCCUUACAACCAGCAGAACAACACUCCUGGUGCUGGUGGUCCCAUGCCAAAUGCGGCCUCCAAUUCAGGUCAGAACAACAUGACCAACAACAAUGGAGGCAACACUCCAGGCAGCAACCCCAACCCCCCCUCUAACUCCACUUCCACCCCGAACACCCAGUCUCCCCUGCCCCCUGGCCCUGCUGCCCCCUCGACUGGGCCUGGUUCUGGCCCUGGAAAACUCGGUGGCCCCGGGAUGGUCUUCCCUUGUGGCCUCUGUAUGGCAGAGGUGCAUGAUGAUCAGGACGCCAUCCUGUGCGAGGCGUCGUGCCAACGCUGGUUCCACCGUGACUGCACAGGCCUGACAGAGCCAGCAUACGGGCUGCUGACUCGAGAGAGCUCUGCUGUUUGGGCCUGUGACUUCUGCAUCAAGACCAAGGACAUCCAGGCUGUGUUUGUUCGCCAGGGAUUAGGCCAGCUGGUGGCAGCUAAUGAGAGCUGAGGAGUGGAUGACAAAGGAGCAGCGUGGAGGUGCAACGCGUAAGGACAAAUAAAGACAUUAUUUGCUCUGAUCUAAUUGAAUGACCUGUGUGUCAUUUCAGCUACUUGCCCGACUUUCUCUUGACUAGCCCUUUACUUGUUCACUAUACAGAGAAACACACUCAUUGACAUUCAUGCAUAUAUAUAUAUAUAUAUAUAUAUAUACGAGUGACUCUAGGCAAAUGCUUUUUCCUCCCCCCCCCCAAAGGAGUCAAAUCAUGAUGAAUGUUAAACUACACAGUCCUUCAGACAUCUAGCCUGCCAACCAGCAAAGCACUGACACCAACACACUACCUCACACACUUUGUGACUGACUGGCACUGACUGACUGUGAUUGACUCGCCACACUCAUGCACCACAUGAGUAUGAUGAUAUUUCAAACACACAUUCCCCUACUGUGUAUUGAUACAGUGACCCAACAUUAUUCUGAUUUUCACGGCUUUAAAUUAAAACAGACAUGAUAUGUCAAAUCUUUAAAAUUUAAAAAAUAGUGCCUGAAAAUCUAAAAUGGACUUUGCUUUCAUUCAUUCAUUGAUCUACAGCUUUAUUUGUCAUCAAAAUGCUUCAUUCUAGCACUGCCCUAUCACAUUGUUAGCCUUUUUACUGCAAGAAAGUGAAAUAAAAUGGAAAAAUACAUCAGUAUAUUGCAGUGUAAAAUCUCAAGCAUAUUGUGAAACAAAUAAUUGUGGAAAAAUAUAAAUUUUUAAGUUAUUUUGUCAAUUCCCACACACAUACACACACUUUGACCCUGUAGUUGUAUCUGUCAUUUUGUACCCAGUGCUGAUUAAUCCAAAGGAGACCCGGGCUGAGAUUUCAUCCACACCUCACAGAGGAUUUUACCACCAAAAUAGUUGUAAAUAUUAGGACAAAACAUUUGUCUAGAACUCCCAUCAGUUGUGAACAUGCCAGAGAGUUGACCAAUGAACAAAAUGAUAAGUUGAAUUUAUGUGUCUUGGUUGUAUACAGUAUGACGUUUUGGUUUUUAUACAGUACAUUUGAGUCAACAGUUUCUUUUUAUCUCUGCAGUACACAUGAAUUGUGAAAUCAGUGCUUUUGGAUGGUGUUGGCAUAGCAAGUAGUGACAUCAUGUCAUAUCAGAUGUGCAUAGUCCUUUUUUUUUUUUUUUUUUUUUUUUGGUUUUUAAAGAGGGGAGGGGGGUUGCAUGUGAACCAAUGCAGUAACUGUCUGAUCUGUUUAUGUUUAUAUUCUGGCCUCUGCACUGCAAGAGGCCUUGAAGUAGACCAAAUAACUUAAGAGCGAAAAAUACCCAUUUUUCACACUUCUGUCACGGUAUAAGGUGUUUAUAACUAUUCUUCCUUCUCUCUUUCCUUAUUUUUCUUUAUUCAAUGUCCGAGCUGCCUUUCUUUUCUUGCUCUCAGCUAUUCCUUUUUGAUUUUGUACUGUUAUUUGUGCUGUGCUCUUGCUCUGCUCUGGCGCCUCCUUAUGGAACCUGGAGGAACCAGUGAGUCCCACACCAGGUGGGGAAGGGAAAGGUACUGAACUCUGAAGUAAAGACAGAUUUUUUUGUA